CUUCUGGUAUGGAAAUAGGGCGGGUCAAUAUCAAGAAAGAAAGAGGGUGAUUGGCUAGCGGAACGUCUUACGUGACUGAUUAUUGGUCUACCUCUGGGGAUAACCGUCCCAGUUGCCGGAGAAACAGUAACGUCAUUAUUUAAUAAGUAAUUGGUGAUUGGUCCGCCCCUGAGGUUAAACUUAAAAGCCUAGGUUACCCGCGGAAAUCUAUGCUGUCUGAUCACUGUGACAAUGCGGCUGAGGAACCCAGGACUGCAUCUGGGCUGCGCACUUGCGCUUCGCUUCCUGGCCCUCGUUUCCUGGGACAUCCCUGGGGCCAGAGCACUGGACAAUGGAUUGGCGAGGACGCCUACCAUGGGCUGGCUGCACUGGGAGCGCUUCAUGUGCAACCUUGACUGCCAGGAAGAGCCAGAUUCCUGCAUCAGUGAGAAGCUCUUCAUGGAGAUGGCAGAGCUCAUGGUCUCAGAUGGCUGGAAGGAUGCAGGUUAUGAGUACCUCUGCAUUGAUGACUGUUGGAUGGCUCCCCAAAGAGAUUUAGAAGGCAGACUUCAGGCAGACCCUCAGCGCUUUCCUCAUGGGAUUCGCCAGCUAGCUAAUUAUGUUCACAGCAAAGGACUGAAGCUAGGGAUUUAUGCAGAUGUUGGAAAUAAAACCUGCGCAGGCUUCCCUGGGAGUUUUGGAUACUAUGACAUUGACGCCCAGACCUUUGCUGACUGGGGAGUAGAUCUGCUAAAAUUUGAUGGUUGUCACUGUGACAGUUUGGAAAAGUUGGCAGAUGGUAUGUUUCAUUCCAGAGAUUUAGUCACAAAGGGAAGAACUUUGAGGCCAAGGUAGCUGAGCCAAAGAACCAAUCUUCAGAAUUUUAAAUACCGUGUCACAAUACUGGAAGUAAUUAUUCUCCAUGUGCCAGAGCUCCCAUCUCUUCUCUUUCAGUUAAUUAAUUAAUUAAUUCAUGUAAAAUCCAUGCAUGCCUAACCAUAGCUAAUAUUGUGCACUUAUAAUUCAAGAGGGCUCUAAGAGUUAAUUAGUGAUUGUAACUCUCUAUAACACCAUUUAGGAGAGUCCAGGUUGUCAGUUGGUCACAAAGAAAGAAGCAUCUUCAUUCCUGCCUUUCCUCAAUAUACACACCAUCUCUGCACUACUUCCUCAGAACAAUCCCAGCAGUCUGGGAGGUACUUUAUACAAUUUAAGCAUGAGCAACUGCCUGUCCCUGCUGCUAGUUUAAACAUGAACCUUCCAGGUAGCCUCUUCUUAAAAUAUACAGCCCCAUCCGGAUGUGAUGGCUCAUGCCUGUAAUCCCAGCACUUUGGGAGGCUGAGGCAGGUGGAUCACUUGAGGUCAGGAGUUCGAGACCACCGUGGCCAACAUGGUGAAACCCCAUCUCUACUAAAAAUACAAAAAUUAGCUGAGUUUGGUGGCACAUGCCUGUAAUCCCAGCUACUUGGGAAGCUGAGACAGGAGAAUCACUUGAACCCGGGAAACAGAGGUUGCAGUAAGCCAAGAUUACACCACUGCACUCCAGCCUGGAUGACAGAGUGAACUCCGUCUCAAAAAAUAAAAAUAAAAAAAUAUAUAUAUGUAUA